CGAUUUGAACACCGUGCGAAGGGUCAAGGCGAUGAUCAGGGGAUGCUCAUUAAAAUGACCAAAACAACCCCGACUAAAAAUAAGAUCACCUCUGAAGCACUCUGCAAUUAAAUGCAAAAUCAAGCCCCAAUAAAUAUCCUCGAAGGAAAAAAAAAGAGACUGAGUGAAAGAGGAACUUUUCGAUUUCAAUUACCAUUUCCAUUUCCAUUUUGGAUUUCGACAUUUUUUGUUUUCCCAGAAAACCAGAACAGCAAACACCAUCGGCCAUCCAAAUCCAUGGAUCCAAACAGAGUAGAAGCCGAGCGCUUGCUCGGAAUCGCCGAGAAGCUUCUACACAGCCGAGAUCUGAGCAGCUGCCGCGACUUCGCAAUUCUGGCGCAAGAGACCGAGCCGCUAUUGGAAGGUUCAGAUCAGAUCUUGGCCGUCGCCGACGUGCUCUUGGCCGCCGACAAGCGCGUAAACAACCACCACGACUGGUACGCCGUUCUCCAGGUCGAUCGCCGAUCCGAAGAUCAGGAUCUCAUCAAGAGGUCAUAUCGACGGCUGGCGUUGCUCCUCCACCCGGACAAGAACAAGUACGCUUAUGCCGAGCACGCGUUCAAGCUUGUCGCCGAUGCAUGGGCCGUUUUGUCCGACCCGACUCGGAAGCCGAUUUACGACAACGAGUUGGGCCCGUUCAGCCGAGUCGAUCUCAGCGCGCCGAAUUCGAACAAAUUGCCUGUACGGCGCGUCAAUCGGAGCCGAAACGACGCCGAUUUGACAAACGACGGUGAGCAUCAUCAGCAGCAGAGGUCGAGAUUGUCGACUUUCUGGACGACGUGCCCGUACUGCUAUGUGCUGUACGAGUACCCUAGGGUUUACGAGAAUUGCUGUUUGAGGUGCCAGAAUUGUAAGCGCGGGUUUGAGGCGGUGGUUGUGCCGAAUUUGCCGCCAUUGGUGCAAGGCCAGGAGGCCUACUACUGCUGUUGGGCCUUUUUUCCGAUGGGAUUUGUGGGCGGGACGCACGCCAAUGGCGGGAAGGGUAAGGCGGCCCCGGCAGCGGCCGCAGCCGCCUUUCCCAAUUGGAUGCCACCUGUCUUUUCGACGACGCCUCAGAGUAAAACUCCGGUGGCUGCCACGGCGGUCCCCAUGGCCAAUUCGGGUGGAGUGAUGGAUGUUUCGGAUGGGAACCCGGAUUUGGGGACUAAUCAGAAGAAGAGGGGACGGCCCAGGAAGGUUAUUUGAUUUGGUGGUUUAAGGCAGAUGACUCUUUGUAAUUUGUAGGUUGGUUUUCUGAAGCUGCUCGGUUUGGAAAACGCGGAAGGUACUCUCUUUACAGUCUUUACUUUUUGUUGUUGUUGAUCUUGGGGUAGAAUGUAAUUGUUGCUUUGUAGAUGUUGUUGUCUUCUGAAGUUAUUGAACUGACUGCGUUUGUAGAUUUUGUAGUUGAUUUGUAAUCAGUAAUGUGAUGCCAUUAAGCUUUUUCAACCAUUCUAU